AUGUCAAGUAAAAGAGCAAAGACAAAGACCACAAAGAAGCGCCCUCAGCAUGCAACAUCCAAUGUGUUUGCCAUGUUUGAUCAAUCCCAAAUUCAGGAGUUUAAGGAGGCUUUCAACAUGAUUGAUCAGAACCGUGACGGCUUUAUUGAUAAAGAAGAUCUGCACGACAUGCUUGCUUCUCUUGGUAAGAACCCUACAGACGAGUACCUAGAGGCUAUGAUGAAUGAAGCUCCUGGACCUAUUAACUUUACCAUGUAAAGGUGAGAAGCUGAAUGGUACAGACCCUGAAGAUGUCAUCAGGAAUGCAUUUGCAUGUUUUGAUGAAGAAGGAACAGGCUUCAUUCAAGAGGAGAACCUCAGAGAGCUGCUGACUACUAUGGGUGACCGAUUCACAGAUGAGGAAGUGGAUGAGCUUUUCAGAGAGGCGCCAAUCGACAAGAAGGGAAAUUUCAACUACAUUGAGUUUACAUGUAUCCUAAAACAUGGCGCUAAAGACAAAGAUGACUAA